AUGGACUACUCUCUGCGACCAGCCUCGGUCUGCACAUCAGAAGAUGGGUCCAAGUUUGACGGCACAGGACAGACUACAGCCUCGGAAACACAACAACAGACGCCCAACAACAAACACUACCGCCUCCGCCUCUGGGGAAUCAUCGCCGGUCUUUGCGUAAUCAAUCUGCUGUGUGCACUUGAAGGGACAGUUCUUAUAACGUCACUACCGAGCAUCGCGGCUGAACUGGACUUGGGUGACAAAUUCGUUUGGGUCAACAAUGUAUUCUCUCUUUCGGCCGCAGUUAUUAUCCCCAGCUGUGGCCAAUUGGCCGAUCUAUUCGGACGCAGAUGGGUGACGCUGGUGAUCGUGGCGGUAUACCUGGUUGGAAGCGUGAUCUGCGGCGCCGCUCAAAAUGCAUCCAUGCUCAUCAUCGGCCGUGUUAUCCAGGGAAUGGGCAGCGGUGGAGUGGAGAUGAUUGUACCAGUUGUCAUUGCUGACCUGGUACCGUUGCGACAGCGAGGAAACUACAUGGCUUUGGUUCUGGGCAUAUUUGCUUUGGGGACCGUUCUUGGGCCGAUUCUAGGCGGCGUGAUCAUUCAAACGACUACCUGGAGAUGGAUCUUCUACAUGAAUAUUCCAAUCUGUGGGGUAGGUCUUGUCAUGCUGUUUCUUUUUCUCCGUGUCGGCCACAACCGGGAAAUCAGUUCUAUGCAACGUCUGAAGAGGAUCGAUCUCAUGGGGGCUUCCAUACUCAUAAUGGCCAGUGUUUCUGUCCUGCUUGCCCUGACCUACGGAGGCUCUAGCCACUCGUGGUCGUCAGCACAUAUUCUCGUUCCAUUAUUCCUUGGGGUUAGUGGACUCGUUUUGUAUAUGCUGUACGAAGGAUCGCAAUUUUGCGUGCAGCCCAUGACGCCGUUGAGACUAUUCGGAAGUUUGUCUUCGGUGGUGCUGUCCGUCAAUACCGUUAUUAACGCAUUCCUGCUACAAUGUGUCACCUUUUUUCUCCCAGUCUACUUUCAGGCAAUUCUUGACUCUCGCCCCUCCACAUCUGGAAUCCAUCUCCUCCCCAGCGUUCUGAUGGCCAUCCCCGGGGCAGCCAUUGCCGCUCUGGUUUUGACCCGCACAGGAAGAUACAAAUUCCUUCACCUGUUGGGGUUUGCUCUGGUCACCGUCGGUCUCGGCCUGUUCAGCAUGCUCGGACCGCGUACGUCAACCGCCGAAUGGGUGAUGUUCCAGCUGGUCGUUGCAGCCGGCGCCGGCAUGGUGUUUGAUUCCCUGUUACCAGCCUUUCAAGCAGGCCAGUCGGAGCGCGACCAAGCCGCGGCCACAGCCACUCUGACAUUUCUACGUUGUUUUGCGAAUACCUGGGGCUUCGCCGUGCCAACGGCCAUCUUCAACACGCAGAUCGAGCGCGGACUAGACGCUGUGCGUGAUGUCGACGUGCGCCAGGAAUUGUCUCAUGGACAGGCGUUUCAGCACGCUACAGGCGAGUUCAUGCGCUCGCUGUCCCAGAACACGCGCGACGAAGUCAAAGGUCUGUUUGAUGAGGCGCUCAGACGCGUGUGGAAGGUUUCUGUUGCCAUUGCCCUUGUGGCUCUGCUGCUUGUUCUGCUUGAAAAGGAGGUUCCUCUGCGCCAGGAACUUGAGACGGAGUAUGGGCUUGAGGGUGGUUCAAGAAAAGAAAAUGAUGAGAGUAAUUCGGCAUCGAGAUGA